UAUUCCGAAACUGUACGCACGCUAUCGACGAUGAAAAGGCUCCAGCAGUGUUCGCGCGCCUCAUAAAGAGAGAGAGAGAGAGAGAGACACAGAGAGAGAGCCAGAGAUCCGCAGAGCUGGAGCGAUCUUCCCACGACCGAACCGCUACAGGACCUGAGACCAGUGCAUUAGACACGCAACCCCCUGCUGUGGGUUCCCUCUGCUGUCCGGUAACCAGGUCGCCAUGCUGACCGUCUGAUUAGCCGUCUGUGUGCCUGUCUGGAGGAACUGACCGUUAUUCGGUGUACUGGGCCGUUAUUCAGUGGAUGUAUGUCGACGCCUCUCGGUAUGAAAUGUCUGAACUAACAACGAUGAGGAAUCUGCUGCUCGUGUUUCUCCUAACUGUCAUCUGCUUGAGACGCGAGGCGCUCUGCGGUUCUCCCAGUGUUCAGAUCGGAGGGCUGUUCCCACGCGGUGCUGAUCAGGAGUAUAGUGCGUUCCGGAUUGGAAUGGUCCAGUAUGGAACCCAGGACUUCCGCCUCACUCCUCACAUAGACAACCUGGAGGUUGCCAACAGCUUCGCUGUCACCAACUGCUUUUGUUCCCAGUUCUCCAGGGGUGUCUAUGCCAUCUUUGGUUUCUAUGACAAGAAGAGUGUGAACACCAUCACGUCUUUCUGUGAGACCCUCCACGUGUCCUUCAUCACACCGUCCUUCCCUGCUGAUGGACUCAAUCAGUUUGUCCUUCAGAUGAGACCCGACAUCAAGGGACCUCUGGUCAGCUUAGUGGAGUAUUACAAGUGGGACAAGUUCGCCUACCUCUAUGACAGUGACAGGGGUCUGUCCACCCUGCAAGUGAUCCUGGAUACAGCAGCAGAGAGGAAGUGGAUUGUAACAGCCAUCAACGUAGGCAACCUGAAGGAUGAGAGGAAGGACGAGGCCUAUCGCUCCAUGUUCCAAGACCUGGAGAUACGAAAGGAGAGGAGAGUCAUUCUGGACUGUGAACAAGACAAGGUUAAAGACAUCAUGGACCAGGUCAUCACCAUUGGCCGACAUGUUAAAGGAUACCAUUACAUCAUCGCUAACCUGGGCUUCGUUGAUGGUGACCUGUCUAAGAUCCAGUAUGGGGGAGCCAAUGUGUCGGGUUUCCAGAUUGUUGACUUUGAGGAGCCACUCGUCUCCAAGUUCGACCAGAGAUGGGAAGCACUGGAGGAGAAAGAGUACCCUGGUGCUGACAGCAGGAUCAGGUACACAUCAGCUCUGACUUAUGAUGCGGUCCAGGUUAUGACUGAAGCGUUCCGGACACUCACCAAGCAGCGGAUCGAUUUCAGUCGUCGUGGUAAUAACGGGGACUGUCUGGCCAAUCCAGCAGUGCCCUGGUCUCAGGGGAUGGAGAUAGAACGCGCUCUCAAACAGGUGCGUGUGGAUGGGCUGACAGGUAAUAUCCAGUUUGACCAGUAUGGUAAAAGAGUCAACUACUCCGUCAACGUGAUGGAACUGAAGAACACUGGACCAGUUAAGAUUGGCUACUGGAAUGAAGUGGACAAGAUGGUGGUGACUAAACUAGACAUCUUCCCCAACGACACUAAUGGGAUGGAGAACAAGACUGUUAUCGUCACAACUAUCCUGGAAGCCCCAUACGUGAUGCUAAAGAAGAAUGCUGAGUUGUUCCUAGACAACGACCGUUACGAAGGCUACUGCGUCGACCUGGCAGCAGAGAUCGCUAAGCACUGUGGGAUACGCUACCAGCUAAGGAUUGUGGGAGAUGGAAAGUACGGAGCUCGAGACGCUGAAACCAAAAUCUGGAACGGGAUGGUUGGAGAGCUGGUGUACGGGAAAGCAGACAUAGCCGUAGCCCCUCUCACUAUCACCCUGGUCCGAGAGGAGGUGAUCGACUUCUCCAAGCCAUUCAUGUCUCUGGGCAUCUCCAUCAUGAUCAAGAAGCCCCAGAAGUCUAAACCAGGGGUUUUCUCCUUCCUGGACCCGCUGGCCUAUGAGAUCUGGAUGUGUAUAGUGUUUGCCUACAUCGGUGUGAGCGUGGUGCUGUUCCUGGUGAGCCGGUUCAGCCCGUAUGAAUGGCACAUGGAGGAGUAUGAGGAUGGCCAGCUGCCCACCAGCGAGUCCUCUAAUGAGUUUGGGAUCUUUAACUCUCUGUGGUUCUCUCUAGGAGCCUUUAUGCAGCAAGGCUGUGAUAUCUCCCCAAGGUCUCUAUCAGGACGUAUAGUGGGUGGUGUGUGGUGGUUCUUCACUCUAAUCAUCAUCUCGUCCUACACGGCCAACCUGGCUGCCUUCCUCACUGUGGAGAGGAUGGUUUCUCCUAUAGAGGGAGCAGAGGACCUGGCUAAACAGACGGAGAUCGCCUACGGGACCCUGGACUCUGGCUCUACCAAGGAGUUCUUUAGGAGGUCGAAGAUAGCACUGUUUGACAAGAUGUGGCAGUACAUGAAGUCAGCAGAGCCGUCUCCGUUUGUGAAGAAGACAGCGGAGGGGGUGCUGAGAGUCAGGAAGUCCAAGGGGAAGUACGCGUACCUUCUGGAGUCCACCAUGAACGAGUACAUCGAGCAGAGGAAACCCUGCGACACCAUGAAGGUGGGAGGGAACCUGGACUCUAAAGGAUACGGCAUCGCCACGCCAAAAGGCUCCCCAUUAAGAGUGCCAGUAAACCUAGCGGUGUUGAAACUCAGUGAACAAGGAGUCUUAGACAAGCUAAAGAACAAGUGGUGGUACGAUAAAGGGGAAUGUGGAACCAAGGACUCAGGAAGUAAGGAGAAGACCAGUGCUCUGAGCCUCAGCAACGUAGCAGGUGUGUUCUAUAUCCUGGUUGGAGGGCUGGGUCUGGCCAUGCUGGUGGCCCUGGUGGAGUUCUGCUACAAGUCCCGGGCCGAGGCCAAGAGAAUGAAGAUGACAUUUACAGAUGCCAUGCGGAGUAAGGCCAGGCUGUCCAUCACGGGGUCCUCUGGAGAGAACGGGCGUGUUCUGACCCCUGACUUCUCUCACCCUCCUGACUUUCCCCGCGUCCCCUACCUCCGACCAGGACUACCCAUGAGCCUCAGCAUGACUGACCUCUCCUGACCACUCCCUCACAGUGCCUUACAGCCAAUCAGAUCACAGAGAGCCGCAGGCCAACUCCACAUCAACCCAUCACGUUUUUCAGAGGACUGGACUUCCUUCCCGCCCUCUUCUCUGAUUGGGCAGACAGCUCUGGGCUGGUGAUGUCGUCACUCUUCCCCUCUAAUCUCUCCCGGGAAGUGAAAACAACCAACCAUGGCACACCUAUCCAUUUCCAUAGUGACCAGCUCUGAUUCAAGCACACGAGACUUCAGCUGCAUCAGACGCGAUUUUAUAAAGCAAGUUGAUCAACUUCACAGGGGAAAUAAUUCUAUUUUUUAAGUAUUUUCAAAAGCUUCCAUUUAGUAGAGUGAGUCAAUAUGAUCGCCUGUAUACUCCGACUUCACUACCGCUCUGUACAUAGGACUAGUUAUAACAAUAAUAAUAACAAUAAUGUUAUAUUAAUUAUAUGAAUAAUAACUAUAAUAAUGAUGAUAAUAAUGCUUGCUCUGAACCCUAACCCCUGUUUUCACUAGAGACCUAGUUUGACCUCUGAACCCUAACCCCUGUUUUCACUAGAGACCUAGUUUGACCUCUGAACCCUAACCCCUGUUUUCACUAGAGACCUAGUUUGACCUCUGAACCCUAACCCUUGUUUUCACUAGAGACCUAGUUUGACGUCUGAACCCUGACCCCUGUUUUCACUUAAGACCUAGUUUGACGUCUGAACCCUGACCCUUGUUUUCACUUAAGACCUAGUUUGACCUCUGAACCCUAACCCCUGUUUUCACUAAAAACCUAGUUUGACCCUAAAACAACAGAUGGCACUGAGGCCAGAAACUAAAAAUAGACAUAUAUGGCCCAUGAACAACAGACAUACUGUAUAUGGCCCAUGAACAACAGACAUACUGUAUAUGGCCCAUGAACAACAGACAUACUGUAUAUGGCCCAUGAACAACAGACUUUGGUCUUUAUAUGGACAAAAGACAGUGCCAUAAUAGAGUACCAAUGCCAAGUACAGGAGAGUGCCAAAAGAGGGACUUGAACCAAUAAACUGGUUCAGCCAAAAGAGGGACUUGAACCAAUAAGCUGGUUCAGCCAAAAGAGGGACUUGAACCAAUAACAUGUUCAGCCAAAAGGGGGACUUGAACCAAUAAGCUGGUUCAGCCAAAAGAGGGACUUGAACCAAUAAGCUGGUUCAGACAAAAGAGGGACUUGAACCAAUAAGCUGGUUCA